AGAAGGAUCAAUUGGCCAUGGGGAACUCCAUCCACUUCGAUUCAAGCGAGAAACACAUCCCGUUCCAUCCCUUGUCCCCAACCAUACAAAAAACGACAAUGUGAAAAUAGUUAUCCCAAACUUAAAAUAUAAUUUGGCCAUAGACUUUGAUCCUUUGCUUUGCUUUGCUUUGUUGUCUAUAAAUACAACUUCAUCACACUCGAACCAUAUAGCUACAUCAUAAUCACCUCCAUUACCAUCACUAUAACUAAUGGAAACCCCAUCUUGGGCUUCUUACUUAACAGCAUGGCUUGCCACUCUAGCCCUCAUCCUCCUCUCCCUCCGUCUCCGCCGCCGUCGAAAACUCAACUUGCCCCCUGGACCAAAGCCCUGGCCUAUAAUCGGCAACCUAAACCUCAUCAGCUCUCUUCCCCACCGGUCUAUCCAUGCCCUCUCCCAAAAAUAUGGGCCCAUCAUGCAACUCAAAUUCGGGUCAUUCCCUGUUGUCGUGGCCUCAUCUGUUGAAAUGGCCAAAGCCAUCCUUAAAACCAAUGAUGUUAUCUUCGCUGGUCGACCCAAAAUUGCCGCAGGCAAGUAUACUACUUACAAUUACUCUGAUAUUACUUGGUCACCCUACGGUCCAUACUGGCGUCAAGCACGAAAAAUGUGCCUAACCGAACUUUUUAGUGCAAAACGCCUAGAGUCAUACGAGUAUAUCCGAAGAGAAGAAAUGAAUUUGUUGCUAAAAGGGUUGUACGAAUCAUCAGGUACACCAAUUCUUUUGAAAGACCAUCUUUCGAAUUUGAGUCUCAACGUAAUUAGUAGGAUGGUGUUAGGGAAAAAAUACACUGAGGGGAGUGGUGAAAAUGAGAUUGUGACCCCGAAGGAAUUCAAGGAGAUGCUCGAUGAGUUGUUCCUGCUUAACGGGGUGCUAGAUAUCGGCGACUCGAUUCCAUGGCUCAGUUUCCUGGAUUUGCAAGGCUAUGUUAAGAGAAUGAAGGCCCUGAGCAAGAAGUUUGACAGAUUCUUGGAGCAUGUUUUGGAUGAACAUAACGCUAGGAGAAGAGGAGUUAAAGAUUAUGUGGCUAAGGACAUGGUGGAUGUGCUUUUGCAGCUUGCUGAGGAUCCCAAUCUUGAAGUCAAGCUUGAAAGACAUGGAGUUAAGGCAUUUAGUCAGGACCUGAUAGCUGGUGGAACCGAGAGUUCAGCAGUGACUGUGGAAUGGGCGAUUUCGGAGCUCUUGAAAAAGCCAGAAAAUUUUGCAAAGGCCACGGAAGAACUAGACAGGGUAAUUGGAAGGGAAAGAUGGGUAGAAGAAAAAGACAUUGUGAACCUACCCUACAUCAACUCAAUUGCUAAAGAGACAAUGCGUUUGCACCCUGUGGCACCAAUGCUAGUGCCUCGCCUUGCUCGCGAAGACUGUCAAAUAGCUGGUUAUGACAUUCCCAAGGACACUAGAGCUCUUGUAAGCACUUGGACAAUCGGGAGAGACCCUACUCUUUGGGAUAACCCUAAUGAAUUUUGCCCUGAGAGAUUCAUUGGGAAGACUAUUGAUGUCAAAGGUCAUGACUUUGAGCUGUUACCAUUUGGGGCUGGAAGGAGGAUGUGCCCUGGAUAUCCUCUCGGGAUUAAGGUCAUUCAAGCAAGUUUGGCUAAUCUUUUACAUGGAUUUAAUUGGAAAUUGCCCAGUAACGUGACAAAAGAAGACCUCAAUAUGGAGGAAAUCUUCGGGCUCUCCACCCCUAAAAAGUACCCACUUAUGGCUGUCGUGGAGCCUAGGCUCCUACGUCAUAUGUACUCCCAGUGAUUAUUAUUAUUAUUAUACAUCUUGAUUUCAGUCUCUUGGAAAUAAAAUCGAGACUCUUAGAGUAGG